CUUUGUGCUUUUUAUUGGCGCACGCCAUGUAGCCUUUUCGCGUCCAUAUUGCAUCCCGCAGAGCCUGCGAUGCGCGCUUUCAUUACGUUUACGUAACGCUCACCAUAUCGCUCCCGUCUAACCCCACCUACGACUCGUAUCGCCUUCUCGGACGGCUCUCUCCAAGAGAGAGACAAUCUCUACUAGGCAAAGCUCACCGGAGGAUGCUGGCCUGAGUAAGCCACCCACGCCCCCACACUGAUGCUCUUCCCCCGCUCCAAGUGACUGCGUUGGGAAACAGACGGGCGGACGGCAGGCGCGCGAGAAAUAGCAGAUUUCCGAUCUCGCUGCAGAAUAGUGCUUGUAUCGAGUGGGUUACUGUUGAUUUUCGUCGACUCUGCCAUGGCCAAUCGGGGGCCCAGUUAUGGUCUGAGCCGGGAGGUGCAGGACAAGAUCGAUCAGAAGUAUGACCCGGAGCUGGAGACCCGCCUGGUCGACUGGAUCAUGUUGCAGUGUGGUGAUGACCUGGUGCGGCCCGAGCCUGGCAAGCAGAACUUCCAGAACUGGCUCGUGGAUGGGACGAUUCUCUGUCGUCUCAUUAACAGUCUGUACCCCAGUGGAAUGCAGCCUAUAAAGAAGAUUCCGGAAACCAAAAUGGCCUUUAAGCAGAUGGAGAAAAUCUCUCAAUUCCUGCAGGCUGCCGAGGCCUAUGGCGUCACCAGAGGAGACAUCUUCCAGACUGUGGACCUGUGGGAAGGAAAAGACAUGGCUGCAGUCCAGAGGACCCUCAUGGCUCUUGGGAGUGAAGCUCUCACCAAGGACGAUGGGUGUUUCCAUGGCAACAAAGAAUGGUUCCACAGGAAAUCCAAAACCCACAGGCGAGAGUUUUCCGAGGAGCAGCUUCGCCAGGGCCGCACUCUGAUCGGCAUGCAGAUGGGCAGCAAUCGUGGGGCGUCUCAGUCGGGCAUGACAGGUUAUGGCACGCCACGCCAGAUAAUGCGCUACGACUCCCCCCGCCGAAACGGUGAUGAGAGCACCCCUUAGCCAUGCCCAUAGUGCUAGGAUCCGUGCUAUGCUCCAGAGCAACACCCCCACCCCACUGUUCCUGCCCACUGAUUUGACAGAUUUUUGAAUGAUAAUUUUUCCAUAAUUGGUCACAUUAGAGCUCAGGGGAAAUGGCCAGUAGAACUUACCCUAAGGAGCAAAUCGGAGUAGAUAAUAAAGACAAAUCAGACAUGUUGUAGCUCAUGGCUUACAGAGGAGCUCUUUAGUUUAGCUGUGCGCACUGCAGUAUUUGUGGGAUUGCAUGUAUCCUGACGUGACAGUGCUGAUCUGGAACCAGUUCAUAUAUUUCAUUUAUGAUCAACAUAGGGAGCUAAUCUUGAAUCAAUUGUUGCUCCAAAGAACUUAAUAACACUUACAGAGCUAAGCGUGUAGAUACUUAUAGCAAAUACUGCACCUCACAAUAGUGAACUCCCAAUAUCACUCAUAGGUGAGGUAGCCCAUGAAACCACACAUGUUGUAUUAGACCUGGCUGGGGUUCUGGCUGCAGAGCUGGUGGGAACACUGUUUAAGAUGAGGACACAGCAAUAAUAAAAGGGAGUUCUAAGAUAGUGAUGUCAUGAGUACAUAAUAGUGAUGUCAUGAGUGGAUGACCUUAUAGUCAUAAGCUCGAAUGACCAUCUUCUGUGUGGCCUCAUUCCAGGACACAAUAUUGUGGCUACAAAUUACUUUAUAAUGUUAUUAUAAUGGUGGCAGCCAGAUAUUGUGUAUUAUGGCCUCAAUGUCAUUUCCCUGCCUCUUAUUCUUAUUAGAAGCCAUAUAUCAUCAGUGGAAUUGCAGUUUUGAGCAAUGUAUAUUUAUACUCAUGUCUGUCCAAUACAGCAUGUUCAGAUCAAUGUCUUUAUGAGCAGUUAUUAGGUUGCUGUAAAGUAUGUUGGGAAUCAGGUUUUCCUUGGAAUGGUUUUUUGUGUUGGCCAUAUUUCUGAUUGGUAGCAAAAGCAGUGCCAUCUUUAAUUUGCUCAUUUCACCAUUUGUCUGCAGGUCAUACUUUGUAGUGGAGUUUAUUUUCUCAUUUCCACUGGCAGUCAUGUUUUAUGUAGGCUGUAGACUGAGCAAGCUGACAGUCGUUAAUUAAAACCUGGUUUUGUUGUAAAAAUCCAUCCUGACCCUUUUACUGAGGUCUACAUCUGUGUGGACAGGUGUUAUGCUGCUCAGCUGUGCUGUAUCAUUGCUCCAUAUUGUCUUAAUGCAGCCUGUGCUUUACUCAAACCAUCACUCUCAAGCGUUCCAGCAUUAGGCCAUAGAGCCAUUUCAUUUCACACUGAACCUUUACAGCAUUCCAAAACAGACUGCUUUGAUGUCAUAGUAAUAAAUGAUGUCAUAACGCCAGUUUAAGGCUUCGCUGGUUAGAAAGACAAUGUCAUGGAUUUGAGCUUCAUCAAAUGCUUGAUUAUAAUUUGUAAAUGCCGUUAUGAUGUAUGUGUACAGCUCAAAUACUGGAUAUUCAUUUGCAAGAUAUUUAUUUUUAAGCACACUACAUACUGUAGAUGUGCUUAAAAUGCAUUUUUGAUUUACAUAAUUGUUGUAACUGUGUUGAUCUUAUGGUGUCAUUUCAUAUUCUAUGGACACUGUUACCUGUUACUAAUUAUUAAACAAAGCCCAACUCCAAGCUGGUGCUUCCCUGCUUGGCGCUGUACAGAAAAAUAAUGAUUUUUUUUACUUUUGCAUUUUUUUCAGGGCUCAGAAUAAUCUCAAAACAUUUUUUUAAACACAUGCCAAACCUCAUGCUUAUAUAUCCAGUCAUGUAUUUUUGAAUGUUCUAUCACCAAAACAAUAUAUGGUUUUUCAUGAUCACAAAUUGCCCUUAAAUGUAGGAAAUUUUGUUAAUUAAAUAACUGAAGAAAAAUACUUGCUCUUUUUCAUGUAGACACAGCAUGGUCUGACUGUAUUAAAAAGAGAAAGGUCAUGAAUGUUGAAUGUUGUCACAGUGGCUGAUAUCCCCUUUCUUUGCAAUACUUCCACAUUGGCAGAGUACAACAGCAACAGUCUGUGAACUGCACUAACAUUUGUAUCUUAUGUCAAGAUUUAGAACAGUAUUCGUUAUUGCUUCCGAUUACUAUCCCAGUUUGAUUCUCUUUUUUUGUCACUGACUUAUUUAAAUCUUUUGCAAAUGUCAAUAAACUGUUCACUUAGAAACUGUU